AAAAAUAAAUUAAUAGUUUCUACAAUUUUCCCCACGUUAUCUCUUCCCCGCCUUUCCCAUUUGCCUCUGCUCUCUCACUUCCAGUCGCGAUAACCAAAUCCUUCCGGCCUUCAGUAACUGUCUGACCCAGUCCACUCGAUUCCGGCACUCAGCAUUCUCAGCCACGCCGCCGCCUUUUGGCGUUGAGUCUUCGCCGCCAGCUCUGUCAAAGGCGUCGCAGCCAACUCCGCCUCCAUAAGGUCUCCCUCUUGUGUUCGCUGCCAUCAGCCAGCCACAAGGUUGCUCUUUGAGUAUGUAUUGUAGUAAUUUCAGUUGUACUUGUGCUUUUCCGGCGACUGUAGUAGCUGCUUCGAGUCAUAGAGGGACAUCUAAAGCAAGAAACUUUGGAAACUUAAAGGUUUGCACAUAUGGGUACUUGGGAAACAGGUCGACCUUGAGGAGAAAACGAAUGGGUUUAUGUGGGUUUGUUAUAAAACUCUCAAUGGAAGGGGAGGAACUGACCAACGAGAAGAAUAAAGUUGUGAAAUCUCCGGAAGAGGUUAUAAGGGCUCUUAAGUCUACCAAGGACCCAAAUUCUGCUUUUUUUUAUUUUAAGGUUAUUGCUGGGUUUCCUUAUGUUGUUCACACCACUGAAACGUGCAAUUACAUGCUUGAAGUCUUGAUGACUCAUAAGAGGGUGGAGGAUAUGGCUGCUGUUUUUGAUUUCAUGCAAAAGAAAAAGGUUAACCGAAGUUUGAACACUUAUCUUGCUAUUUUUAAAGGUCUUUAUAUAAGGGGUGGACUUCAGCAAGCACCAACUGCGCUUGAGAAGAUGAAAAAGGCUGGAUUCAUUCUGAAUGAGUAUUCAUAUAAUAAGUUGAUCUAUUUUCUUGUCCAGUCAGAGUUUUGUAGGGAGGCUUUGGAGGUUUAUAACAUAAUGGUCAUGGAAGGGAUGAAGCCAGCCUUGAAGACUUAUGCAGCACUUAUGGUAGCAUUUGGAAAGCGCCGUGAUACUCAGACUGUAAUGAGUUUGUUCAAAGAGAUAGGGGAAUUGGGAUUGAGGCCUGAUCUUCAUAUAUAUACCAUAUGCAUUCGAGUUCUUGGAAGGGUUGGGAAAAUUGAUGAGGCUUAUGAUGUAUUCAAGAGAAUGGACGAAGAGGGAUGCGAGCCAGAUGUUAUCACUUAUACUGUUCUCAUUGAUGCUCUCUGUAAUGCAGGUAAACUUGAUAAUGCAAAGGCGCUGUUUGUAAAGAUGAAAGCUACCAGUAGUCACAAACCUAAUCGUGUAACUUGCAUUACUUUUUUAAACAAGUUAAGUGAUUGUGGAGACUUGGAAACUUUUAAAGAAAUUUGGGAUGAAAUGAAAGCUGAUGGUUAUGCUCAUGAUGUAGUUACGUUCAACAUUCUUAUUGGUGCUUUAUGCAAAGCUGGCAAUGUUGACGAAGCAUUUGAUAUUCUGGGUGUCAUGAAGGAGAAAGGGAUCUCACCAGAUCACUGUACUUACAACACCUUGAUUGGGGGACUAUUAGGAGCAAGUAGAUUGGAUGAGGCUCUAAAACUUUUCAGUAAUAUGGAAUCCCGAGGUGUCAUGCCUAACACAAUCACAUAUAAUAUAGUCAUUUCUGGUUUAGUGAAAUCAAAUAGUGUGGAUAAGGCUAUCGAUGUAUACUAUGAUCACGUAGGUCGUGAUUUUUCCCCCUGUACUUAUACAUACGGCCCGCUCAUUGAUGGACUUUUUAGGUCAGGUAGACAUGAAGAAGCAAUGCUUUUGUUCGAGGAGAUGGUAGAUUAUGGAUGCAAAUCUAACACUGUGAUUUUCAAUAUUCUUAUAAAUGGGUUUGGGAAAACAAGAGAUGUGGAAACUGCCCUUCAGUUGUUUAAAAGAAUGGUUAAAGAAGGAAUAAGACCAGAUAUGAAGACUUACACGUCUCUGCUAGAACCUUUAUGCCAUUUAGGAAAAAUUGAUGAUGCUCUGUAUUACUUUGAAGAACUAAAGCAAGCUGGCCUUAGUCCUGAUGCAAUUUGCUAUAACCAUUUGAUUUACGCACUUGGAAGAUCACGGAGGGUAGAAGAAGCUCUAUCUCUCUAUUCUGAAAUGUGGAGCAGAGGAAUUUUUCCUGAUCUUAGCACAUACAACAAUCUAAUACACUGUUUUGGGAUCGAGGGAAUGGUGGAGCAAGCAGUGAGUAUGUAUGAAGAACUACAACGUAAGGGUUUUGAACCUGAUGUUUUCACGUACAAUGCUCUUAUUCAAGCCUACACCUUAGCAGGGAAUGCAGACCAUGCUUAUGCAGUUUACGAGAAAAUGAUAGUAGAUGGUUGCGACCCAAAUGAGAAAACAUUUACACACCUUCCUGCUGGUUGCUAAUUUGUAUUUAGAUAGCCCAACACAACCACCAUAAAAAUUGAAUCUCAAUGCUUUUUAGAGCUACCCAAAGUCAUGAUUUGUCAUCUUGCUCCCUGCAUAUUUGACUGAUUUCCUUCAAGUUAUUUAUUUAUUUGAUCUUCAUCUAGCAGUGCUCUUGAAUAUUCUUGAGAGGUAGAUUUAUUUUUACCUUUGGCACGAAGAGUUUCUUCCCUGUAAUGUAAACAGCUGCAGUAGUUUCUAAUGCUAUCAGUAUCAGUUCACUUGUCUUCUUCA